CAGUCAGGAAUCAGACCCUGUGCCUCUGUCCAAUCAUGAAGCUAACCCUGCACCUGUGACCAGUCAGGAAAUGGACUCUUUACAACUGUCCAGUCAGGAAUUAGACCCCACACUCCUGUCCAAUAAGGAAGCAGAUCCUGGGCAUCUAUCCAAUCAGGACGUAGACACGACACUUGUAUCUAAACAGGAAGCAGACCCCGCAACUCUAUCCAAUCCAGAAACGGACCCUGCACCUCUGCCCAAUCAGGAAGCAGACCCUGUGCCUUUGUCCAGUCAGGAGACGGAUCCAGAGCCCCUGUACAAUCAGAAAGCAGACCCCGCGCCUGUGCUUUGCCUGGAAAAUGACCCUGAACCACAGUCCCAGCACCUGCCCAAUCAGGAAACAGAUCCAGUGCUGAUGGUGACGGACUCUCUGGCUCCUUCCCCUCCGGUUUGUGACUCCCCUCCUUCAUGUGCCCCCGUGGAACUGGACUUUCUGCACAUUGAUGAAGAAGGAGGGGAGUCAGCCCCACCCUGCCGCCUUGAGGCAUCAGUCGUCUUCUCCCAGGUGUCCCAGAGCAAGUCCCCAAGUCUGCCCCCAGCAGACGGGUCCGCCAAACCCUGUGCCCCCCUGCUGAGCUCCCAAACGGAGUUCCACAUGACUCCUCCCAAUGCAGACCCCACCUCUCCCACUACAGACCCGACCCCUCCCAUUGCAGACACCGCCCCUCCCACUAUACACCCCGCCCCUUCCACUAUAGACCCUGCCCCACUCAAGGUAGACCCCGCCCCUCCCGCUGCAGACCCCACCCCUCCUACUGCAGACUCCACAUCUCCAUCUGCAGACCCCGCUCUUCCCAAACAUUCUACUGCCCCCACACCCUCUAAUGUUGUUGUUGCUGUUGCCCCCACUGCUCCAAGUCUCUCCAUCCCUCCUGCACCCCAUAGCCUUGCAUCUGCCCCUGCUGAAAUGGCCUCUUGCUCAUCUCUAAUCUCAGCCAAUCAGAGCUACUCAGAGCUGGGUGACCCCGCAGGCCACGCCCCCUCUCUGGACAUGGCGCUGGACGAUCUGCUGGUCCUGGGCUCCUCCCGCCCAGGCGGGGGAGGGGACUGGGGCCUGGACCUGGAGGAGGAGGGCGGGGCAAGCCGGGACGAGACUCUCACCCCCCUGACGGAAGCCAGCUGGAUGGAGGACUCCCCCACGCCCAGCUCCUGCCCUGGGACCCCCGAAUCUGCCCUUGACCUGCCCCCGCACCAGCUGACCUCUAUGGACAGGACCUCUGCGUCCGGCCAUCUGAAGGCGGUGAUCCGGCGCUCUAAGGAGUCGGACUACGUGCACCCCAUGUACCGGGAGCGGGAGGCCCGGCGCCGGCGCAAGCUGGGCCCGCUCAUCUUCCACAAGAGCAGCUCGCAGGACCGGCUGAUCCAGGAGCUGCAGGGCCGGCUGGGCAUCGGCCCCGUGGAGCGCCCGCGCAAGCCGCCCGACGACUGGAUGACCGAGGGCGUCAUCGCCAUGUCCAACCCCCAGCGGUCCCGAGAGGGCCCCGGCCCCGCCCCCGCCCCCGCCCCCGCUCCUGCACCUGCUCGUGCCCCUGCUCCUGCUCCUGCCCCUCCCCCUGCCCCUGCUCCUGCUCCUGCCCCUCCCCCUGCUCCUGCUCCUGCUCCUGCUCCUGCCCCUGCCCCUGCUCCUGCUCCUGCUCCUGCCCCUCCCCCUGCUCCUGCCCCUGCCCCUGAACCUGCUCCUGAACCUGAACCUGCUCCCACUCCGACUCCGGAACCUGAGCCUGCUCCUGCUGUUCCAACACCUGCCCCGACCCCUGACCCCACACCUGUUCCACCUGCUCCUGCCCCUGCUCCACAGCCCCUGACGGUGGAUAAGAUGGUUCCACCAGACUCCCCUGGCCCAGUGAAGAAAGUUCUUCCUGCACCCCAGCCCUCCCCGGCUCCCCAGCGCCCCCCUCCUGUGGAGAAGCCCAAAAAGCCGCCCCCAGUCAGAGAGUCCCCGCCCCCUUGGCCCCUUCCCCCGCCCUCCCCUUCCUCUUCUCCUUUGGAGCCCCCUCCACAGCCCCAGAAACCACCCCAGCAGUUUUACAAGCUGGAUUACCAACCCCCUCGCCCCCAAAAGCAGCCCGUGUUCCGCCCUCCUCCUGUCCAGCCUGUGCCACGCCCUCCCCAAUACUAUACGCCCCCGCCCAUGCCACACCCACCCCAAUAUCAGAUGGCCCCGCCCAUGCCACACCCACCCCAAUAUCAGAUGGCCCUGCCCAUGCCACACCCACCCCAAUAUCAGAUGGCCCCGCCCAUGCCACAUCCACCCCAAUAUCAGAUGGCCCCGCCCAUGCCACGCCCUCCCCUGUACCAGAUGGUACACCCGCCUCUCCCCAAGAUGAGUGUGGGAUGCCAGACAGAUUAUGACCCCCUCUUCCCUCCGUUGAAGGCACGGACCAUCUGUCCGUCCGUCUGUCUGUCUGUCCCCGUCUUUCCGCCUUGUUUCUGUCUGCCCUGCUGAAGCUGGUUGCCCUAAGGGAGGGCAGGGUAGGGACAUAUUGUGGCUAUGUGUAGUGCUCUGUGAAGGUGUUAUGAAGCGAGCUAUGUAUGCUCUAUGGAGGAGUUAUGAAGUAGCAGCCUGCUUAUGAAGGUGCUAUGUAUGCUCUAUGGAGGAGUUAUGAAGUAGCAGCCUGCUUAUGAAGGUGCUAUGUAUACUUUAUGAAGGUAUUAUGAAGAGGUAACUCAUGCUCAUGGAGCUAUUUUGUGUACUCUAUGGAGGAGAGCAUCCUGCUUAUGAAGGCAUUUUAUAAACUCAGGCAGAUUUGUUAAGUGGUAGCAGGCUGCUUAUGAAGGUGCUUUGUAUGCUGUAUGGAGGCGUUAUGAAGUGGUAAGAGACUGCUUAUGAAGGUGCUUUGUAUGCUGUAUGGAGAUAGCAUUAGGUGAGCCUGUGGCGUAGUGGAAGGGUGUGGUUCAGAGGUGCAUAAUCCUGACAGUAGGGAUCUGCGGGGGGAGGGGGGGGGGGUUUGGUCUCGCUGUGUUUAUAUCUGCCAUGAGAAACACAUUCCUAUGAGCUGACGGGGGAAGUGAGGCAGAGCCUGCUGCUGCAAACAUGCCCUGACAGGGGGUGUGGCCUGGGGUGCGGGGAGCGGGGUGGGGGUGUGGCCUGGGUGAGGAAGGGACUUUGGUUUAAUGAUGUUAUGCCAAUUCCAAAUGCCAGCUGCUGAAGUAUUUUCCCCAAAGAGAACAAUACCAUAGAAAAGGAUCAGAAAUGUGUGCAGUGCUUUAAUGUCUGAGUGCGCAUGCAUUCGUUAGAAAACAAAUACGUCCAAAGGGAUGGGUCUCUGUGCAGAAUGUUGUGUUGUGUGUAUUUGUGUUGCGUGAUUAAUGUGGCUGCCUGAAUGCCCUCUGACCUUUGACCUGUGACCUGUGACCUGGCUCUGCU